GAACUUAAAAUUAACUAUUGUUACUUACCUUAGCCUAGUCUACUGCACACAAAAUGGCUACAAUGGUGUGAUAUCCAUACUUAAAAAUACAUCUUAAUUAAAACAUUUGAAUUGUACUGGUUUAUUUCGUACAUCAGCAAGCCUGCAAUACAAUGACCCAGCGUAAAAUGGUUAUAUAACACAAAAACAAACAUAAUGUGCGUACUUAGUGUGAAAACAUCUUCCAGUAUUUACAACAGCUUAUUAAAUUAUUAGGCUACAGUAUAUAACACAGGUUAACCGUUCUUUGAAAACAUCCAGUUUAUGAAAAUAUCUACUACAGCUUCUUAAAUGAUUACAGUGUAUAAGACAGGUCAAGCAUUCUUAAGUGUUUAGUAUCCCUGCAAUAACACUACCUUACACAGUUAACUUUGGCGCUUCCUUCAGAUCCCCGACACAAGAUGGCGGCGAUGUUGACGUAUGCUUAGAGGCCCCAGGCGACAUCUAGUCAGUAUAUACUGUAUAUAUAUGGGUAACUUCGUUUCAUGGAUGUAGUUGGAGGUCUCCCGGUCCUUAAUCAAACUGCAGUGACUUUUCGCUUUCGUCACACGGAAUGUACCAUUGUAGUGUGUGUUUGGGUGAGAGGGGACUAAAACGCUUCAACGCAACUCGCGUGGCGUAAUGCUAUUUUAGCAAGUGGUUUAAUUAAUGUUAGACGCUGGCUAAAACUACUUAGUUAGGCUUAAGUCAUGAGGCCCUGGCAGUUCGGGGCUUUAGGCGUUUGCCUACUUUUGCCUAACGGUAACGCCGCCUCUGCGCACACACACACACACACACACACACACUACGAGAACACAGACAGUACUGUGCUAGUGGUCGCGCACCGUUACGUUACUGAGGGCUGUGAAAACAGAGAACUUCUGGCUUCAGUAUUGGCAAGAUGGAGACCACAUCAGCUGAGUAUCAACUCCUGGAAAUUUAUCAUAGAAAAAGAAAGUCACGAUUGAGCGCAACACCCAGACACCCUACAGUGUUCCAGGGUCCAGUCGAAGACUACCAGCUAAGAUUAGUGUCCAUUGCAAGACUUUGUGCUUCUGCAAAGACUAAUGAAUUUGAUCAAGUGGCUGAGAGGCUAACUCACAUUGUAGACAGUGAACUUCCUGCUCAGGAACAUGUAGAAACAGACAAUGAUUCUGCCGUCAUCCACAGGUUUGUAGAUUUGCUGAAAGAAUACGGGGAUCAGAUGAAUGAAAAGAUUAAGAAUGAUGAGGAACUUUUAGGGUAUCUCCAAGGCCUUCUCUCUUAUAAUCUGUUCGAGACACUGGCUUCAGCCUUCAUUAACAGUGUGGUACCGCCAGGAAAUCAGAGGAAAGAGGAUAAUGAUCAGAAACUUAAGAUUGCCUGGACAUUUGAGAUGACCAGCAGGCUAAGUGCCAUAGACCUGCAGCCCAUGAAUAGAGCAAUGGGAUUUGGGGCCCAGUAUGUACACCAACAUUUUGCACCAUGGAUACAGCAACGAGGUGGAUGGGUAAGGGCUGAAUCUUGCACAGUAACACAGUGUACAAAAAUCCUAUUAAAUAUAAUACCUAAUUUAAUUGUGUCAUAUGAAGACUGUUGUAUAUGAUUAUGAAUGGCAUUACAAUCAGUGUCUUUCCAUGUCCA